AUGGCCAUCGCGCACAUCGCCACCGAGUACGUGUUCUCCGACUUCCUGCUGAAGGAGCCGCCCGAGACGCGCUUCAAGGGGCUGCGGCUCGAGCUGGCGCUCGACAAGAUGGUCACCUGCGUGGCCGUGGGGCUGCCGCUGCUGCUCAUCUCGCUCGCCUUCGCGCAGGAGAUCUCCAUCGGUGCUCAGAUAAGCUGUUUUGCCCCCAGCUCCUUCUCCUGGCGACAGGCUGCUUAUGUGGACUCCUAUUGCUGGGCAGCAGUGCAGCAAAAGCAGACGUCCCAGAACAACGUGGAAAACAUUCCCCUGUGGCUCCACAAGUUUUUCCCAUACAUCCUGCUGCUCGUUGCCAUCCUGCUGUACCUGCCAUGCCUGUUCUGGCGCUUCACGGCAGCUCCACACCUUUCCUCAGACCUGAAAUUCAUUAUGGAAGAGCUGGACAAAGCCUACAACAGGGCAAUCAAGGCUGCCAAGUGCAUCUGCAGCGCAGACCCCAAGGACCCUGCUGAUGGGGGGCCAAGUGCUAAUGAAAACUYGACCCAGAGCUUAUGGGAAAUACCAGAAAGCCACUUCAAAUACCCAAUUGUGGAGCAAUACCUGAAGACUAAGAAGUUUUCCAAGUGCUUAAUAAUCAAAUACAUUAUCUGCCGUUUAUUGACCCUAGUGAUUAUUUUCAUUGCAUGCCUCUACCUGGGCUAUUACAUUAGCCUCUCCUCUCUGAGUGACGAGUUUCUCUGCACCAUCAAAACAGGAAUCUUGAAGAAUGACACAACCGUUCCCGAAAUGGUUCAAUGCAAACUUAUUGCCGUUGGGGUCUUCAAGGUCCUCAGCUACAUUAACCUGAUAAUCUAUCUUCUAGUGAUGCCCCUGGUUGUGUAUGCCAUGUUUGUUCCCUUCCGCUGGAAUUCAGGGAUUCUGAAAGUGUAUGAAAUCCUGCCAACUUUUGAUGUUCUGAAAGUGAAGUCAAAAUGUUUUGAUGACUUAAGCCUUUACGUCCUCUUUCUUGAGGAAAAUGUAAGUGAACUUAAAUCGUUUAAAUGCCUCAAAGUGCUGGAGAACAUUGCAGCUUCCGAGAAGUUUGAUGUCAUGCAGCUGUUGAUAAACCUUGGUACUAUUAAGACAGAUACUGUAGAUGGGAAGCCAUUGCCAAAGCAGCCUGAAGAAACUGCUGUAGAAGAGCUAGAAAAAGAUGCUACCGAGCUACAAGUUCUGCCAGACCGUGAAGCGAGUAGCAACGCGAGUCCAAAGGAAGACAAAGUGCUUCGCCAGAGACUGAUAGAGGCUUCGUGCUGAUGCCUUCCAGACGCAGCAGGCAGGAGCUCUGCAUGACGAGAGGGCUUCGCCUUCGCACGUUGGACACGAGAUGUGGCCCUGCACGCAGCCGUCUCCAYACCCUGACAGCUCUGCAGAGGCCAAAGUGGUCUGCAGACUACUUGCUGUGUAACAAUGAUCAUUCUCGUAUUGCAAAAGGCAUUUUAGAGACUUUUAUUUAUUAAAAAAAAAAGAAACAAGAACAAAACAACAACAAAARUAUUUGAGAAACRGGUGAAUUGCACUGAAUGCAAUUAAAGCUGCAACAGUUGGAGGUAGGACUGUAAAACAGAGGGAUGGGAAAAUAACAGUAGAUACUAGAAAGAGAUGGUGACAUUGCUCUGUGAAAUGUCUGUUGGUUAUAUGGAGUUCCAUGCUGAAAGUAUUCAGGAAGGCAAAAUAUCCCAUUAGGGUGAGGGGGGAACUACAAGAGACAGCCAUCAAUUCUGGAGUUUAAAUGUGGCAUUUGGGGAGCUCUCUGCCCUAUGCAGUGUUUUUUUUUAUAUUAGUCUGGUUCAUCUGUAUGAGGGUCGCUGGCUGGCCACUGAAAUACUGGCUGUGUCUUACAAGAAAGGUGGAUGUUGCUGGGUUCAGCUUUCUUUGUAACACAGGAGGGGAGACAUCGGAAUCACCCGGGUUACUGCAGAUGUCUUGAUUAGUCAUCUCAACAGAGAAGGGUUUUGAAUUUUUUCUUUAGCACUGAUGGAAUAAACUCCAAACAGACUUAAUACAAAGGAACGGUGAAGAUUCUAGGGAUUCUGAAUUUUCUAAUUCAGGUAUUCAUAAAAGAAAAAAAUAAUGUCUUAACAAACUUUUUUUUGAYAAAAUAUAAUGGCAUAUAAGCUAAAUGCUCUGUUAAUUACCAUUUUUCAGUUGUUUUGGUCUUAAUAAGUCCUUCUYAGAGACUGGGUGGAAGAUCGGUUCCAUUUUUAUAAUAAUUUGUUGAAAUUGCUUUUUAACUUUUGUGUGUGUGGAACUUCUUUUUAUACAUUUGUAGUAUCAAACACAAUAUUAAUUGUGCUGUCUUCCAAAACAUACUUGAGAAGAUUUAUUUGUAUUACAGUAGCACCCGAGUGCCUCAGCAGAGCCAAGCCCCCUGUAGCCUCAAUGAGGURAAUGUAAGUGUGAUGAAGGGUUGUUCUUCUGAGAUCCCCUGUGACUUAAUUACGAGAAUAAGAUGCUGAAGUGAGAUGGAACAAACAAAAGAAGAGGUAAAUUGUAAAACUGUCCUAAUUAGCUGCUUAUGGAGAGCUGCAUUUGAAUGUUCAUGUAUUCCCUUCCCUGCCAGUCUCUCAAGACCCUUCAAUUAACACUGAAGUCCUUGCUAUGAAUUUUAGAUGCAAGAUCAGAAGGGUGGAGGGUUCGCACCGCAGUGGUUAUGUGUAUCCUUCACAAAUGUUAUAUGGUGACUGUUUUUUGCCAUAUUGUCCAGAAUUUUGUAACUGAAAUGUCUUUGCUCUCACCUCUCCCAGGUUGUUUCUAAAUAAAGUAGUACCUUUUUCAUAGCUAAGUAAGCCUUCCAUUCUCCAGCCCAUCUGUGGCAUCCACUCUUCUGUUCCCACGUAUUGGCUUCGCUGAGAUUAGUGAGAAUGAGGGAAGACAGAAGUAACCAGUGUUAAGACUUGCACAGAACUGCUGAUCUUUAUGUGCUGCAACAGACUUCAAGGAGAUCAUGAACCUACUUGAAUUUGGCAGCUGCUCUUAAACAAGUGGAUCCAUAGGUGCUGCCAUAAUAUACCUUGUGUUAGUAUUAUAAAAUCCCUUUGGCUGUUAUAGGACUUUCAGCUCAGACAAGCCUUAUUUAAUAGAAAGUCUUUAAAGCCAUAAUAUUGUGCUACCUCUCUGCAUAGGACAGCAGCAYGGCUACAAUUCUAAUGUCUGCUGCGUUACCAGCAAAAAAACAGGGUUUAUGUCGGAUAAUGGUGGACUCAACUGCUGCAUUUUCCUGUGUUCUCCCCAGAAACCUAAACCCCAUCUCUGUUCUGGAAAGAGAAGUAUACAAACACCCUAAGAACUAGGCAAGCCCUCAUCCCCGGACUAUAUGAUCAUAUAUGAUCAUAUAUGACCAAGUGUUUACCACCCACUAGUGACUGCAGUCCAGCCACACGUGUUGUUGUUCUGAAGUGAAUCGUACUCGGGUAUCUUGCACUGCAUGUGGUGUGCAAGGAGCAGGAGUGCGAUGCUACGGGUUUGUGACGUGGAUGUGUUUGAGAUGUUGGAGAUAAGUGAUCUUAGUGUUUGAAACUUGAAACUCCUGAUAGUGGCAUGUUCGUGCUGGAUGUGACAUUACCUUUUACUAAUUCCCCAUUUGUAUUUGAAAAUAUGAACUACUGCAGUGAAAGUCUUGAUGUCUUCCAAAGUGCUGAAUAAAGUAUGUG